UCCGCUUCAGUUCAGACCCGCUGCUUAAUCCUCUCGCGCGCUCACUCGCUUUCUCUCCCUCACGCUCUCUCUCUCUCUUUCUCUCUCUCUCUCACACACUCUCCCUCGUGUGCGAUCUCUCCAUCCUACGCACACACGAGCACACACACACACAUCGAACAAUCGGCUUGGGCACAGACACGCGCACGCACAUACACACACACGCACACGCGCACACGUCUUCUUACACACAAAAAUUACAAGAGCCCACAGCCAAGGCCUUUUUCAUCCAGGAGGAGCACCGCACACCAGCACACAGUCCAGCAUGGAUGUUCUUAUGAAGGGUUUCUCCAUGGCCAAGGAGGGAGUGGUGGCCGCCGCAGAGAAGACCAAGGCAGGUGUAGAGGAGGCUGCUGCCAAAACCAAGGAGGGCGUCAUGUACAUGGGUGAGAAGACAAAAGCUGGUGUAGCCGGUGGUGUAAAUUUAGUGUCCAACAGGGGUGGGGAGGGCAUCGUGGGAGAUGGCACAGUGCCCGCUGGCGACCUCUCCGGCCAGACAGGAGUGGAGAACGUGGCCGCCGGCUCCAACCCGGAUGAGGCUCAGAUUGCCUAUGAGGCUCAGGCGGAGUACCAGGGCGGCAUGGAGCAGGGAGGAGAAGGAGGAGAGGGUUACUAAGCUGCAGGUGGGCAGCCGAUAUCUCCUGCUCUCUCCCCCCCUCCACCACCACCUCCACCUCCACCUCUCAGAGCCCCGGCCACCAGCCGGCCUCUGCCCCUUCUAGACCUUCAGAUGUUAUUGAUAUUUUUUUGUGUGACUGUAUGGAUACCAAACUUCAACAAAGACUCUCCGAACCCCUUAUCUUACCCAUAAUGCCCCUCUUCUGCUCGGUGUACCUCUAUACUCA